UUUGCGGGUACAAAUGAGGGGAUGGGUACCUAAAUACCAUCUUUCCCUCUUCUUAUCAAACACGAACAACAAAAAUGUCUCAAAUGCCAAGAUUGCCGAACAUCUCCCACUUAUCCUAAUGUCCUCAAUUACCCACCAAAACAAAAGAAUAACCCAUCUUUUGAUUCAACAAUGAGAAACAUUAACACCAAAGAAUACUACUCCUACUACUUUCACCAAUUUUCGCUCUUCCUUUUGAUUUCUCAAUUUUUUGUUCCAAUUCUUGCCAUACCCACUGAUACAAUCACCCCAACACAGCCUUUAACCAAAGACCAAACCUUAGUAUCUUCCGGACAACUCUUUGAAUUAGGCUUUUUCAAUCCAGGCGGUGUCAAUUCAGACAAAUGGUAUGUCGGAAUUUGGUACAAAGAACCACAAGACAGGACUUUUGUCUGGGUUGCAAACAGAGACAACCCUCUCUCAAACUCACCUACCUCUGUCCUAAAACUCACCGAAAAUGGCACCCUUCUUCUCAUCGACGGUCAAACUAGGAACUCCGUCUGGUCUUCCGAUCAAACUCCGGCAAACAACGCAGUAGCUCAACUCCUAGACUCCGGGAACCUUGUCGUUCGACCAGAAAACGAUGAAACAGAACAGAAUUACACGUGGCAGAGCUUUGAUUAUCCAACGGACACUUUAUUACCUGGGAUGAAACUUGGGUGGGACUCAAAAAGUGGGUUAAACAGAAACAUAACAUCAUGGAAAACAGCAACUGAUCCAGCUCCUGGAGAUUUCACUUUCAAGAUCAACACAAAUGGAUUACCAGAAGUUUUCUUAACAAAUAAACAAGAAAUUGUCUACAGGAGUGGUGCUUGGAAUGGACUUAGAUUCAGUGGGGUACCGGAAAUGAAACCUACUGAGAUUAUUUCAUUCGAAUUUCAGUUCACAUCAGAUGAAAUAUAUUACAUGUUUGAGUUACAUAACAAGACAUUGUAUUCUAGGUUGGUGGUGAAUCAUAACGUGCUUGAAAGAUACAUGUGGAUUCCGACAAACAGUAUAUGGAAUAGAUUUUGGUAUGCUCCGAAAGAUCAAUGUGAUGGUUAUACAGAGUGUGGGAUGUCUGGAAUUUGCGAUACAAAUCUUUCGCCGGUUUGUAAAUGUAUGGUAGGAUUUAAGCCUAAGAAUCAAGUGGCAUGGGAUUUGAGAGAUGGGUCUGAUGGAUGUGUGAGAUUUCAUAAAUUGGAUUGUGAAACUGAUAGUUUUAAUAUAUUGAGGAACAUGAAAUUGCCGGAUACAACGAGCUCUUUUGUGGAUAAAAACAUGAAUUUGGAUGAAUGUGAAGCUAUGUGUCGGAAAAAUUGUUCUUGCACGGCGUAUACUAACUCAAAUAUUAGUGGAAGCGGGUCGGGUUGUGUGAUUUGGAGCACCGAACUUAUUGACAUGCGGCAGUAUGCGGCGGCGGAAGGUGGCCAAGUUCUCUACGUUAGGGUGGCUUCUUCUGACGCAGCUGAAAGUGGAGGUGUGGGAUCAAGCAAGACAAAGAGAGUUGUAAUAGCUGCUGGGAUUACAGUUGGUAUAGCUAUUGUGCUAUUCGGAGUAAUACUCUACUUCUUAUCAAAGAGAAGAAAAUAUCAAGGUUCAAUACGAACUAAGUCUGAAAACAAAGGCAUUAGUGAAAGAAGUCAAGAACUUCUAGUGAAUGCAGCUAUCAUUCCAAGUAAAAGAGAGUUUUCUGGCGAAACAGCAACGGAAGAGUUUGAAUUGCCAUUAUUUGAUUUCAGCACCCUAGCUAUGGCUACAGAAAAUUUCUCCCAUGCAACUAAGUUAGGCCAAGGUGGUUUUGGUUGUGUUUAUAAGGGAAUUCUGGUUGAAGGUCAAGAAAUAGCAGUUAAAAGGCUCUCAAAGAAUUCGGGCCAAGGAGUAGAGGAAUUUAAGAAUGAGCUAAGAUUGAUUGCUAGGCUACAGCACAGGAAUCUGGUCCGGCUUCUUGGCUGUUGUGUUGAUAUGGAAGAAAAGAUGCUGAUCUAUGAAUACCUGGAAAAUAAAAGUUUAGAUUCAAUUUUGUUCAAUAAACAGAAAUGCCUACUGCUGGACUGGCAAAUGCGGUUCAAUAUUAUUUGUGGGAUUGCUCGGGGGCUUCUAUACCUUCACCAAGAUUCAAGAUUUAGGAUUAUCCAUAGAGACCUUAAAGCAAGCAAUAUUCUCCUAGAUAAGGAUUUGACCCCCAAAAUAUCAGAUUUUGGCAUGGCAAGAAUUUUUGGCGGAGAUGAGACUGAAGGAAAUACAAAGAGAGUAGUUGGAACCUAUGGUUACAUGUCUCCAGAAUAUGCGAUGGAUGGCCUCUUCUCUGUUAAAUCUGAUGUUUUCAGCUUUGGGGUUUUGGUGCUAGAAAUAGUUACCGGGAAGAAGAAUAGAGGAUUCUAUUAUCAAAAUAACCAACUCAACCUUCUUGGACAUGCGUGGAAACUAUGGAAAGAAGGGAGAGGAUCAGAGCUACUGGAUCCAUCUGUUGGAGAAACGUUUUCUCCGUGUGAAGUAAUGAGAUGCAUACAAGUUGGACUGUUGUGUGUCCAGGAGCAAGCAGAAGAUAGACCAAAAAUGGCUACUGUGGUUUUGAUGUUAGGCAGCGAAAGCGCAUCACUUCCUCAGCCUAAAACCCCAGGAUUUUGCCUUGGCAGAAGACCGGUUGAUUCUGAUUCACAUUCAACUAAUUAUGAAGAAACUUGCACUGUCAAUCAAGUUACAGUUACCAUGAUAGAUGGCCGAUAGUUGAUGUUGUCUUCCUCAAAAGUGUAUAUUACUACAAGAGGUUCACAAUUUUCUCUUGUACACUUCCUCUCUUUUUUGUUUUUGGUUAAGUCUUGUGGAAGCUAAAGAGUAUUAGGUAUUCUUUCUCAUUACAUACAAUUGUGAUCUCAGAAAGCUAGCUGCGUUUUUCCAUCAUCUAUGUAAAAGUCUAAUCAUUCCUAUUCCAUAUCUCUGAAGUUCACUGUAAAUUACUGUGCCAUCAUUGAUGUGAUUCAGAGGGAAUAGUUUGUGUUUUCA